AUGAUCAAGUAAUAAAAUCAUUUAAUCAAUUGAUUGUGUAUUUUAAAAUAUACAUUUAUAUACUUCACUUAAAUAAGUUAAUCAAAUUUUAUAGUAGGCUAACCAAAAUUAACUAAUACUGAAAUUAAUUCAGAAGUUGUUAGUUCUUUUUUCAAAAUUCAGAAUUCUAAUAGCAAAAUUUUAACUAAAUUAAAACUAAUCUUAUCCUAUAGUAUCAAUUGGAACUUAGUAAAUAUAGGUAGAAAAUUUUACAAAUUAUAUCCAAGUUUUAACAAGUCUUGUUAAUUAAUUAUGAUAUCUUAUCAAGCAUUUUUGAAUUCAGGGUUGCAGAUAAAUUAAAGAUAGGAAACUAUAUCAAGGACAAAUUGA